AUCUACUCCUACGUGCACAUCGAUACAAAAUAGCGAUUGCCCAAACACCUGCGUCGACAUUUUGACUUGUAAACAUAAACAGAUAAACAGAGGGUAAAGUAGCUGCUCUUCCUUGCCCAAUGGAACAUUCCGAUUUCGCGUAGAAGGGGUUGCGCGCAGACAAUUCUGUUUUGGAACCAUUUGGUAAUUUUUGGUUAGAAGCGCCGAUGGCUCCCCAACACGCACAGAGUCUCCGCUUUCGUCUACCGCCUCUGCUCUUUUUCCUACAGACGGGAUUCAUCGUAGUAUUUAUUUUUAAUGUUGAUAUUGAACAAAAUGUACAAACUAAACAACAUGCAUUCAACAACUAUUACUCAGAAUUUCAGGAUGUUCAUGUGAUGGUGAUUCUGGGUUUUGGCUUUCUGGCCACAUUCCUGGUGCGGUACAGCUUCAGUGGAGCAGGAUUCACCCUCCUAGUGGCAGCCAUGGCUGUCCAGUGGGCAGUUAUUCUGAACGGUGUUGAGUCUAUGUAUGACAGAGGAAAGAUCUGGAUAAAUAUGAGAAGCUUGGUUGUUGCAGAGAUGUGCACAGCUUCCUCCCUCAUUGCCAUAGGUGCUGUCCUUGGGAAGACCAAUCCUGUCCAUCUCCUUCUUAUUGCCCUGCUGGAGAUAUCUGGAUUUGUGCUGAAUGGCUGGCUACUCCAGACAUUCCUAAAGGUGCAGUUUCUGAAUACCAUCAUGCUGCUCCACAUCUUUGGGGCUUUCUUUGGGCUGAUGUUAUCGUGGGUCCUGUACAGACAGGGAUCUGAGCAACUGCAUGAGAAAGAGAAAAUUGACCGCAAGACCGGUCUGUUCUCUGUAAUGGGGACUCUGUUCCUGUGGAUGUUCUGGCCCAGUUUUAACUCUGUGCUGGUAGAGGUGGAUCAUCUUGACAGGGGGAGGAGCCUGAGAGCUGUCUACAGCACCUACCUGGCCCUGGCAGUCAGUGCAGUCACAGCUGCUGGUUUCUCUGUCCUCACUAGUCCCCAAGGGAAACUCAACCUGUUUCAUAUUCAGAGAUGUACUCUUGCUGGUGGUGUUGCUAUUGGGGUUGCUAUGUCAGCCGUUCAUUUGCCGUGGGUAGCUAUGGCGAUUGGAUUUGCUGCUGCACUGAUAUCAACCUUGGGAUCCCGAUACAUUAAGGUACGUAUAAACAAAUUCCUGAAUUGCCCAUGGGCUUUCACUAUCUCAUAUUACUGCUUUUUUAUCUUUCAGCCCCUCAUGCUGCUUGCAUUUGAGUGUCAUGACACCUGCGGAGUCCUUAGUGUCCAUGGUCUGCCUGGAAUCCUGGGGUGGAUGGUUCAACUUCUCCUACAGAUCGCUGACUCUGAUGAUCUCACAACGGCCGUCCGAUUUGCUGUGUUCCACAUUUGCACGCUCCUCAUCACCCUGAGCCUGAGCAUGAGUCUGGGACUCAUCACAGGUUUUCUUCUGAAAUGUAAUUUCUGGAGGCCAACCCAUAACAAGAAAUGCUUUGAUGACCAGGCCUUCUGGGAGUUUCCCCACCAAGCAGGGAAAAGGUGAGAGGUUGGAAAAGAAAAAAGGAACAAGUGUUGAGUGUCAGGAGAGCAAUGAACCAAUCAUUUCACCAUACAAUAUUCCCAUGCAUCUUCAACUUAUUACAUUUUUCAAAAUGUUUUGUAUGUGAAAACAGCACUGGAAUAUGUGAUUGUGAUUAUUUUGUGUUAGUCAAACUUUAAAUAUUAGCCAAGAGAAGAGAGAAACUGGCCUGUGAGUGCUGCGAAUAAAGACUUGUCAUCUCGUA